AUGGCCGCCGCAAGAAGAACAGCGCAGCGCUUGCGCCUGAAUGGUGCUACCCGCUCCUCGGUGUUCCGGACAUCAAUCCGUUGCAACUCUUCGUUUUCGCCUGCCUUCUCCGCUGAGCGGGUCUCCAUUGAGCAGCCCGUCCCUACUACCUCCCCUCGCCUCGUCGCCCUCCACGCCCGUGUCGGCGCUCCUAUCCCCGUAGACACCUUCCUCCGCGCCCUAAACGACAACACCUCCCCCGUUGUCUCCCAACUCGGCACAAACUCCCACCUCAGCCACCUCGGAUCCUCCAUCCUCGGCUACUACGUCUCCGAAUACAUCAUUACCAAAUAUCCCCGCCUACCCUCCUCCAUCCUCAAAGCCGCCCUCGACGCCUUCAUCGGCGUGAAGGCUUUGAAGAGUUUAGCGAGGGAGUGGGGUGUGGAGUUGUUUCAGAAAGAUGUUGAGGUGGAGAAGCAGAUUGGACGUGUGUUGUUUGGACGUGUGGAUGAUAGAAUUGUUAACCCGGAGAGGGAGAAGGGACAGCAGUAUGCCGACGUCGCGGCCGCCACUUUCGUUCGUGCGGUGAUCGGUGGUAUCGCUCUACACCAAGAUCGCAACGCCGCACGAGCUUUCAUCGAGGCACAUGUUUUGUCGCGUAAGCUCGAUGUCUUGCAGCUCUUCGCAUUCACGGAGCCCAACCGGGAAUUAUCCCAUCUCUGCAAGCGCGAAGGUAUGGAAGCGCCUGUAUCACGACUCGUCGCUGAAACUGGUCGUAAAUCCCGGUCGCCGGUGUUCGUUGUGGGUGUGUACUCUGGUGCCGACAAGUUGGGUGAAGGUCAGGCAUCGUCGAUGAAGGAGGCUGAGUUCCGUGCUGCUGCGAAUGCGUUGAAGGGAUACUAUUUGUGGGAACAGAAGGAUGUUGUUCUGCCAAGCCAGGCUGGUCCGGAUUACAAGGGAUCAUUUAUUGACAAGGGUGAGGUUAUUGUGUAG